AUUGUUCUGCACCUCUCAGGUAUUAAGGAGAAAAAAAUGAAAUAUAAUGCUAGAGCAAGUAAAACCUUGGGAAUUUAAACUCUGGUUUGAUAUUUCUGGCUAUUAUGUUGUUAUCUUGACAACACUCUUUGUUUGCAUAUUAAUAGCUCUCUACAUUGCCAACUAUUUCAAGGGCGACAAAGACGUAUACAAAAUGGACAAGGAAGACAAUAUUUAUAAGCGGAAAGAAGACAAUGACAAUGAAUCAAAUGAUGAAGAGUCAGAGCUUUCAAGUGCGGAUGAUGCUAACAUAGAUUUUGGAAGCUCGGUCAACUAUAGUAACCUAGACCUAGUAGGUAAAUUUCAAGCCCAACAUUUUAAUAUGGUGAAGAAGCUUACGCCCAGUCAAAUGGAGGAGGAGCGUCGCAUUGAGCGUGAGCAGCUAGCUGCGAUAUUUGAACUUUUACGCAAGCAAGAAGCGGAACUGAAUCUUAAGGAGCGAAUUAGCGACCAAGAACUAAAAGACCAAGUCCGAUUAUACCGUUAGGCUGUAUGUAAGAAGUGGAGCAUUCCUGUCUCAUUAAAUUACGUACUUAUAAUUAACCAAAGUCAUAUGAUAAUCCAAAUACUUGUUGUUGCUGUGUAAAUAUGUUUGUUAAUGUAAUACCAAUGCUAGCAAGUAGCUUUAGGUAAAUGUGUUAUAUCUUAAAACAAAUAAGUAUGUUCUAAAGUAAAUGAAAUGUGCUUGCAACCUACAACUAUUUUAAAUGU